AUGUCCGAAUCAUCGCCACCCCCCAACUACUACAUUCCGGCAUCGGUGAACAUCACCUCACUCCCCCCGGAAGUGCUUUCCAAGGUGAUGCAAUGGGCCCUCCCCUCGGCAGACGCCGAAUCAGGCAACUCCGGAGAGACCUACUACAGCCAGACCAACUGGCUGGCCAAAUGCAUGACCACACACUCUUCUUUCUACAACGCCGGCGUGCCUCUAUUGUACCGCCAUGUGGCUUUCUCGCACUCUCUUGAGUUUGACCGGUUCCUCAAGUCCAUCUUGGAAACCGGCUAUGGCGUGCUCGUCAAGUGUCUGGAUUUCUCUGAUUUCACGUCUGUUGGACUGGGCCGAACUGCCCGAAUGAACCAGGAAAUCCAGUACGUGACAGCAGAGACAAUCUGCCAUGCUCUGGAGCUGUGUCCGAAUCUCGCCGAGUUUCUGGGCUCCGAAUCCAUUGGAAUGGACAUGUCUGCUAAGGUGCUGACCCGUCUGCUCUCCAUGCCCUAUCUGGAGGCUCUAGACUUCUGUGGAGCCACUCAUCCGACCUUUACCCAGGGCUUCAUUGAAGCCAUGAACUUUUACGCGCAGCAGGAGGUUUACUUCCCCAAUCUCAUUCGACUGUCUUUCCACGCAUGUUCGAAUCUUUCCGACGACAUUUUCCAAAAGCUGCUUCCCCGACUUCCAAAUCUCGAGCAGCUUGAUCUGACACAUACCCAGGUGAAGUCCGCAUCUCUGCUUGACAUUCCAGCCUCUGCCAAAAUCAAAUACCUGUCUCUGGCACGCUGCUACCAUCUUGACUCACAGGGACUACUCAAGUUUCUGGUCGUUCAUCCUGCAACUCGGCAGCUGGAGUGGCUGUCUCUCAUGUUUGAGGCCACCAAGCCCUCUCCCAUUGCCGCACGUGAUUUUGAUAUCAUUCUCAAAUACCUCCCCAUGGAAACUCUGACGACUCUGAAUCUGCACGGCUGUCUGCCGGUCAACCAGACGCAUCUGGAGCUCAUCUGCUCUCUCAAGAACCUCGAGUCGCUCAGUUUGGGCUACACAAACAUCCCGUUUGAGUGCCUACGCAAGCUGCUUCCUGAGCUGCCACACCUCAAGUACAUUGAUAUCUCCGGAAACCCUUGCAUCAACCAGUGGUCUAUUCAAGAUACGGCACUACUGAACGCAAAUCGAAACGUGGAGAUGUUUGAAAUAUCAUCCGAUGUUCUCUCUCGUCUCACAGGUGUUCGAAUCCCUGGCUUCUGUGUCCUUCAAGGACAGGGUAACCGAGGUUGGGUCACUCGAGGAGACGAUCCUCCAACCCCCCGAAGACUCGCAGCCACUGGAGAGUCUCCCCUCAGCAGCUAUCUGCACACGGUCCCCCAGGUGACCAACAAUUCCGAAACACAUGCCACUUCGCAAACUGUGGCUCCUCCAAAGUUUUCCUUCUCGCAGUUUGCUCAGGCCAAGAUCGAGCAGAGCAGCAAGUCGCCUCCCGCUCGACGGUCGCCUGGAAUGCGACCCAUUGUGUCAACUAGCACGGCGUCUUCUUUCCGAAAGGUCAAGACUCCCAUGAUGGUGCUCAACAUGGACAUGGGUUCGUCCAUCUGGAUCAAGGCCAGUCGUAAAAUCAACAUGUGUCAGGUUGGCAUUGGAGGUCUCAGCACCUCCGACGCCGUCAAGGAGCGUGGUAUUUAUUUGUACUAUGCUUUUAACAAGUAG